ACUACAAGUCCCCUAAACGACCGCGGAUAUCGAACGUGCCGAGAGAGCCGCGAUAGAGGCAUUUGCGUUUCCAGUGUCGCUACCGAUGGGCUUGGAACAAUAAUCGGUCUCGGAACGAUCAAUACAUGACAAUGGAGGGGGAAGCUGCUGCCGCGCCGAACAUGCUUGCUCCGCCGGCCGUGGCCUCGCUGAGGGCCGGCCCAAUGGAGCGAUCCCCCAGCGAGGGCAUCCGGGAGGAGAGGGAAGAGCUUCGCGAAGCUGCUGAGCAGACUCUUAACGUCAUCAUGGAUCUAAACAUUGACGGGACGAUCCGCUGGGUGAGCCCGUCCUGGGUCGAUGUGAUUGGAACCCAGCCGGAGUCGGUCGUGGGCACCCCUAUUUCCGACCUCAUUGUCAGCGACAACUCAAACAUCUUCUCGGAAGUCGUGCAGAGCAUGGCCCAGGAUGACCGAAGGAGCCAGUUCAUCCGAUUCGCCGUCAAGCUUGGCCCGCUGUCUAAGCUGAUCCCUCUGGACAUGUUGAAGGGGCCCGAGGAGCCCGCCCAGCCCGUCAUCGUCGACCUAGAGGCCCAAGGCAUAAUGGUUUACAGCGGACCCUCGGGCGGGGAGAGCCACACGAUGUGGAUGAUCCGGCAGUGGGCGGCGCCGCGCGAGAUCAAGAUUGAUCUCCCUCCCGUCAUUGUUGACUCGCUGGGAUCCGGCGCAGAGGUGCUUGCAAGCUAUCUUACCCAACUCGCCGAGUCCGGGGUGGACGACCCAGAAACGCACCCUCCGCCUCCGCCGGUUCUGUGCCGGAUAUGCGAGCGUCAGAUCUCGCCGUGGUGGUUUGAGAAGCACACAGAGUUGUGUCUGCAGGAACAUCGCGCCGAAAUGGACGUGCAGAUGGCUCAGGAAGGUCUCACCGAACACCGCCACGCGAUCGUCAAGGUACUCGACGCGCUGGAGGCGAGACACAGUCGUUCGUUGGCGGGAGAUCAGAGCAACCUGCCGGUUUCCGACUACAAGGGCUUGGCGAUUGGGCCCCCGACCUCCUCCAACUCGUCCUCUGGCAACUCCUCUCCAGCACCGGGCGCUGUCCCAGGCCGGUCACGCGAACGUUCGUCGGGCUUCGGCCACGCGAGAGCUCGGUCCUUCGCCAUCCGCAGGCCCCAGGCCCGGAUUGUUGAGCUGCUUCUGGAUCUCUGCGAUACGGCGAUUGAAAUCAGCACACCCGCUAUCAAGGAGUCGUCCCAGACUCCGGGUGACUUCCGAACCCAGUCACCGCAGUCUGAGAGCCGAAUCACGCAGGUGAUGCAGUGGGAAACGCCAGGCACGAACACUCUGGAGCAGGAGCAAGGUCUCGCGCUGCUCUGUGCUGACACCGAGAAGUUCGCCAAGGACAAGGUUGAGGCCGUCUUCCGUCACCGCAGGAUCCUGGAGUAUUCGGAGCGAAUCCGGAUUGAGUUUGCCUACAUGGUUCAAGACUGCAUAGAUGCCGCCAUGCGCAAGGCUGCCAAGAUCGCCGCUGGCCGUCUCAGCGACUCGGCCGACGAGGAGGAACCCGACGUUGGAGCGUCUCCUGCCAUUGAAGAAGGCAUCUUCGCUGGAUCCUUCGAUGCUUCUUCUACCCUCGCAUUGGCUCUGGAAAAUGCUGACAUUAGCGAUGAUCCCGACAAGCGUCGGUUGUCCGCGCUGCGAUCCCCGAGGUCAAGGAGCCCCAAGGAGUGUCCAACGCCCAGGUCCUAUCGCGGCCCUCUUGGAACUCUAGCUGGCGCCAGUCAGUCCCGGCGGGGAUCCAUGAUUCUCGAAAGUGAUGCCGGGGACAGCGACGGGAGUCUGAGGUCUUCUUCUGUCGCAUCGAGAGCCCCGCAGCGGACAGACUCCCCAAUGUCCGAAUUUGGCGAUCUUCGCCGGCAGGCGAGUUCCCGACAGCACCAGCGAAGAAGCCUGAUUCUCCCAGGAGCCGUGUCACCGCGAAGACAAGAGUCUCCCUCGAGAAGUGGACCGCCUUCUUCGCCGCUCCGGAUUCACAAGCCUCGGGGUCUGCCGUUCCCUUCGGAUGUCCUGGUAUCUCCCGAAGCGUCGCCGAUGCUUCCAGGCAGCGAGUUCACGUCACCCAGCAUCUCGCACUCUUACCACCAUCACCGGAGACAAUCGUCGGCUGCAGUUUUUUCGGUCCCGGGAGAGGUAGUAGGAGUGAAGCCACCGCCGUCGCCACGGCUCAGCGCUGUUGUUGGCGGUCCGCAGGCCAAAGCUGUUCCGCCUUCGAUCAAGGACUUUGAGAUCAUCAAGCCCAUCAGCAAAGGUGCUUUCGGCAGUGUGUAUCUGUCAAAGAAGAAAUCCACGGGCGAGUACUUUGCAAUCAAGGUCUUGAAGAAAGCGGACAUGGUAGCAAAGAACCAGGUCACCAAUGUCAAAGCUGAGCGCGCCAUCAUGAUGUGGCAGGGCGAGAGCGACUUCGUCGCGAAGCUGUACUGGACCUUCUCGAGCAAAGAUUACCUUUAUCUGGUGAUGGAGUAUCUUAACGGGGGUGAUUGUGCAUCGCUGAUCAAGGUGUUGGGGGGGCUUCCCGAGGACUGGGUAAAGAAGUACCUCGGAGAGGUCGUCCUGGGCGUCGAGCAUCUGCACAGUCGCGGAAUCGUGCAUCGAGACCUCAAGCCUGAUAACCUCCUUAUCGACCAGAAGGGUCAUCUCAAGCUCACCGACUUCGGUCUUUCACGCAUGGGGCUGAUCGGACGACAGAAGCGGGCGCUCAACAGCGGCACCGAUGCAGCUCCCGACCUCCUCAAGCAGGGUCCGUUCGCUCGGUCUACCUCAAUGGCGUCGUCCCGAUCGACUUCGAUGGACCUCCACGGCCGCAGCCAGUCCCCGGGGUCCACCCCGCAGAUGACACCGAGCGACUAUGGUUCGAGCAUGGCGCAGCCCUCGUACUUCAGUCUCGGGUCAUUCUCUCAAGAACCGCGUCGCGUCUCGAACCAGCGUAGCGACAGCGGCAGCAGCGAAACCUUGACGCAAAUGCUUGGAGGCUUGUCUCUGAACGACCCUUUUGUGAAUAACUCGCAAGCCAUCCUGUCGCCCGCCGAGGGCAGCGAGGCUGAGGCUUCUGGCUCCCCAGACCUUAUCAUGCUUUCUCACUCGAGCACCCAGAAUAGCACCGAGUCCGGCAAGGGUACUCCUCCGCCGCCCGCUAUGGCGCCCCCCAACUGGGCGCUGUUUGAUCCGGAAGACACGAAUCGUCGGUUCGUCGGCACACCCGAUUACCUGGCCCCAGAGACUAUAAAGGGCGAGCCGCAAGACGAGACGAGCGAUUGGUGGUCUGUCGGCUGCAUCAUGUACGAGUUCCUCUACGGCAUUCCUCCGUUCCAUGCCAGCGAGCCCGACCAGGUCUUUGAGAACAUCCUGGCCCGCAGGAUCCAUUGGCCGGAUGAGAGCGAGGAUGAGGUCUCGCCAGAAGCCAAGGAUCUCAUUAAUAAGCUCCUCUGCAUGGAUCCUCGACAGCGGCUGGGGUCCAACCGUGAGGACAAGUUCCAAAGCGGCGGCGAGGAAAUCCGCAACCACCCGUGGUUCAGCGAUAUCAACUGGGACACGCUCCUCCAAGACGAGGCCCAGUUUGUUCCGCAGCCCGAGAAUCCCGAAGAUACUGAGUAUUUCGACGCCCGCGGUGCUACCCUGCAGACCUUUGCCGAGGAAAUGGAGGACCAGCAUUCACCUCCUACCACUGCUCCCGCUGCCGAUUAUCCGGAUCGUCCGCAUGACGCCCUCUCUCGCGUCAGGUCUCAGGUUAUUUCAAUGAAGCGCGGCCUCAUGCCGCUCCAUAUUCCGCCGCACGUCCGGGACCUGAAGAGCAGGCGGUUGAGCGAGCCAGUCGUGGCUGAUGAUUUCGGAAACUUCUCAUUCAAGAAUUUGCCCGUCCUCGAGAAGGCAAACAAGGACGUGAUCCAGAAGUUGCGAGCUGAGGCGCUGGCAGCCCAAAGCAAGCCAAUUAGUCCCGGUGGCCUGGGAAGCCUCACGUCUCCAGGGCCGUCUCUCGAAGGCAGUCAAACCGUGACGAACUCGGUUCAAAAACCGCUCGCCAAUGCUAAGGCGUCCCAUAGACCGCAGUCUCCUUCGGGCGGCAGCCACGCCAACUCGUCUCCUAACCGUGUUUCGCAGCCGUCGUCCCCCUUGCUGGUAUCGUUUGUUGCUGGCGGAACCGACGGUCGGAGAAAGACCUCAAGCAAUUCUUCCAGUCUGUCCCAACCGUCCGGGAGCUCGUUGCAACCAGGCAGUUUCUUUGAGGUUCCCCGCGUUCCUCCUAGUUUGCAGAAAGCGGCUACUUCAAUCUCGACCACCUCAUCCGCUGGAAAAGGCCGCGGCGGUGCACCGGCCCAACUGCCGAAUUCGCAGCAAAAGUCGGUCCCGAACCAUGUGAUGUCAACCCCACGACACAGCAGCAGCUCAUCCGGCGGGCGUUCUCGCUCGCUCACCGUCGGCUCACAGGAUGGCAGUCCGGUGACCACCGAUAUCCUAGCAGCCCAUCACAGGAACCGUCGCAGCCAGGUCCUCGACAUGUCUCCGUCGUCGUCAGACAACGAAGGCGACAAGGCGAACGCUCUUCUCAGAGUUCAGCGGCGUCGUCUGAGCUCAAGGCGCCUGUCCUAUAUUGCUGCCGGCGACGGUCCCGUCUUUCGCCCUCUGGACGUGCUGAUUUGCGACGACCACCCCGUAUCUCGGAUGGUGAUGGAGAAGUUGCUAGAGAAAUUGCGAUGCCGGACCAUCUCCGCAGCUACGGGCAGUGAAGCCAUCCGGUACGCCAUGAGCGACAUCAAGUUUGACAUUAUGUUCCUUGAAUUCCGGCUCCCGCAACUCUCGGGGUCUGACGUCGCCCGUAUGAUCCGCGACACAAAGCACGCCAAUACCCAUACUCCGAUGGUCGCCAUCACAUCGUACCUCAAAGAGCUACCGGCUCCCCAGUACUUUGACUCCCUUGUCGAGAAGCCGAUCAGCUCGUCAAAGUUGACCGAGGUCUUGAGUACGCUUUGCCAUUGGAAGCCUCUAUCGCCCGGCCAAACCAAUUCCCUCUCUUUGACGCUGCCACAUCCUGUCCCGUCUAGCCUGCGGCAAGAGAGCCUGCGGCUCGAGGACAGCCCAACUUCGGCCUCGUCCGGGUACAUGGCUCGGUCUGGCAGCAGUUUCCGCGAGGACUCCAUCAGCAGUGUCUAUGGGGACUCGGAGUCGGUGGCAACGGAUGACAUCCCGGUUCUCAUCAGCCGGAAAGCCACAGGCGAUUGGGACGAGGGCGGCCUGGGCCUCUCGGGUUCAGACGCGAUCCUCGCAGGCCCUAACAACCCCCCCUCAUCCCCUCUUCAGCCACGCUUCGUCACCCAACAGUCCGCGCCCGCUCAGAUUGAGCACUUGUCAGUGCCGCCCAAAGGUCCUGUGCCCAAGCGGUCACUAGAGAAGCUCAAGGCUAAACGCGAGUCGAUCGAGAAGCGCCGGUACGAAGGCAGCGUCGACUCGGCGGAUGAUGAAGAUGACGAGCUCGGCCUUGGCGCCACCGCCGCAGGAGCAGGAGCACCAGGCAUCCAGACGAGCAGCGGAACCACGAGCGGAGGCAGGAGCGGCAGUGGUAGCGUGAGUGGCAGUAAUCCCGGUUCGCCCUCGAGCGGCCAGCAGUAUCGCAGUAAGUCGGUGCUGCCAUCGUCCAAGCUGGGAAUCGAGAUGAUGCGCGCAAACAGCCACGAUAGCAUGAACGCCGGGUCUGAGAGCGCGAGCACCGUUGAGCCGGCAACUCAGGUGGUCACACCAAAUCAAGAGGUGCAGCGGCCGGAAUUCCCGAAGAUCGAAGCUUCUGCUCCUGGCCCCGAAACACCGGCAUAUACUCCCCUCAAGGAGACGCGUGCCGACGCUGUCCGCACUCCUCCCAGUGUUGGUGAAGGCGAAGGCGAGCUUGACGAUAAGGCGGUCGUUGACGUGGAGGAAACGCCGCGCCUGACGUCGGCCUUGGGAAAGGCUCCGUUCGAGGAUGAGGACCCGACGCCGCGGCGGCCACCGGUGAAGGUAACUGGCCGCGAAGAGUCGGUGUCGCCAUUCCCUGGGGCGAUAUGAUACUUCGCUCUUCUCAACACCCAGGACCAGACUAUGGUAAUUUGAGCGGCUUGGCUUGAGUUUACCAAGAAGAAUUUUAACCCAAACUGUCUACUAUCCAUCCAACCCGACAUGUUCACAUUUCCUUUCCCUCUUUUUUUUUUUUUUUUUUUUUUUUUUUUUUU